CAUUAUCGCGUACAUCUCGGCCUUCUGCGUUGCAGUCCUUUGAUUCAAUCCGCCGGUACCAAUCUCCGUCUUUUCUCCUCCAUACUCAAGCAUCACCAGACUUUCUCCAAUCAUGUCCUACACGAUGGCCCUAUUCCGACGGGUCAGUGCCCAGAUGAAGAAACAGAACUAACGAAGGUAAUCUGGUCCGGGCUAGAGCUUCCACCAAACACAUUAAAGCGCUGGUUGUCUCGACGUCAUGUGCUGUUGCAACAAGGCCUGGCUGUGGAAAGCAAAUCGGCAGAUCAGGUGAUGCUGACUUCGAGGAGACGACGUCAUGGCACCGGAGUAGCUAAGACGAGCCCAGCAGUCACGAUAGCCAGUUCGACCUCCACAAAAGUCAAGCGCCUACUCAGUGCUCACUAUCCGAAGGGAGGACUUGGCCGAGGCCCUUUGGGCCCUCCUGAUUCUGAGGAAAAUAAGAGAGGCAGGCGCGACAAAAUCCACGCUCUGGCUGCUCACAACAUGGUAGAUGCUGAUUUUGUGGUCAUUUGA